UUCGUUGGAACAUUGAUAGACCAAUUGCAGUAUCGAUGUCCAACGUCGUUCUUAGCGACCUUUGCACGCUUGCCACAUGAAGAGCGAUUGAUGCGAUGUGAUGGAUAUAUUGAAAGUUCAGAGGAGUAUUUUUUCGAGAGAUCUGCAAAAGUGUUCGAACCAAUAUACGAUUUUCUCGCAACGGGUCAUUUUCACAGGCAUGGCGAUAUAUGUGCAGAGCGACUUUAUCAGGAACUGGAUUACUGGAAAAUCAAUGGAAAUAUGUUCGCCCCAUGUUGUAUGCCAAAUGUGGACGGUUCAGGUGAUGAGGAUGGAGAAGCAACUGGGAGUUUACCAUCGGGCGAAUGCGGUAACAAUGAUCAUUACGAUGAGAUACGUUGUUCAAAUUUGAGGCGCCAAUUAUGGCUGUUGAUGGAGGACCCUAGUUCGAGUACCUCGGCAAAGGGAUUUGCCCUUGUGAGCAUAUCGAUGGUAAUAGUUUCUGUAACCGGUAUGAUUCUCGCUUCCUUACCGGAUAUUCAAGCUGAUUCUGUGAAUAACUCAUCAGCGAUCGAUGAAGAGAACCUCAGUUUAAAGCCUCACUUACUGUUAGACUAUAUUGAAUUGGUGUGUCUGAUUUGGUUCACGAUUGAAUAUUUGGUGAGAUUUGCUGUAUGUACAAAGAAAUGUGAAUUUGCUUGUAAACCGUUGAAUAUAAUCGAUAGCUUGACGAUUAUUCCGUUUUAUUUGGAAAUGAUUCUUCAUGUUGCUGGCCUUGGUGCGGAUACAAUUGGUGAAUUUCGUGGUUUGGCGAUGGUUAUGAGGGGUGUGCGAGUAAUGCGAGUCGCACGAAUAUUCAAACUGGCAAGGUAUUCAAGUGGCUUGAAAUCGUUCGGUAUGACUGUUAAGACAAGGUGA